AUGAGCUUCUCAAAUCAACCUCAGAGCUCCACUCCGUCACAGGAAGCCUCCACGGACGCCGCAAAUGGGUCCUUGAACGCGUUCUCCGAAGAGCCGUCCGCGCUCGAGAUGCCAACCAAGCCUCAACAUCGCCGCAACAGAUCCAGUGUCGACGGUACCAAGUACAAGGAUGGCACCUGGUCGGCCAAAAAUGAGAAGAUCCUCAUGGGCCCCUAUGACUAUAUGCAUGGACAUCCCGGCAAAGAUGUUCGUCGCCAGCUGAUCCAGGCUUUCAACUCGUGGCUACAGGUCCCUGAAGAAAGCCUAGCGGUGAUUGACAAGGUGGUGAGAAUGUUGCACACGGCUUCGCUCUUGAUUGACGACGUCGAGGACUCGUCUGUUCUGCGUCGCGGUAUCCCCGUGGCGCACAACAUCUUCGGCACUGCGCAGACGAUCAACUCGGCCAACUAUGUCUACUUCCUGGCCUUGCAAGAGGUGCAACAGCUGCGCAGUCCUGCUGCCAUCGACAUCUACGUGAAAGAGCUGUUGAAUCUGCACCGCGGCCAAGGGAUGGAUCUUUUCUGGCGCGACACGCUUACCUGCCCCACCGAGGACGAGUACCUGGAGAUGGUCGGGAACAAGACCGGUGGUCUUUUCCGACUGGCGGUCAAGCUCAUGCAGGCGGAGAGCUCGACCGGCAAAGACUGUGUGGCUCUGGUGAAUGUCAUGGGAUUGAUUUUCCAGAUCUGCGAUGAUUACUUGAACCUGGCAAACACCACCUACACCAAGAAUAAGGGUAUGUGCGAGGAUCUGACCGAGGGCAAAUUCUCCUUUCCCAUCAUUCACAGCAUUCGCUCCAACCCGUCCAACCACCAGUUGUUGGCCAUUUUGAAACAAAAGACCCAAGAUGAGGAGGUCAAGCGUUAUGCCGUCCAAUACAUGCACAGCACAGGCAGUUUCGAGCAUACCCGCCAAGUGGUGCGGGAUCUGCAUGAGCGGGCGUUGGCCCUCAUCGAAGUGAUUGACUCGACUCCCAAGGUCAACGGUGCCGGUGAUGGAGAGAUGAUUCGGGCGGUGUUGAACAAGAUUGUUACCACGACACUAUCUCCGGCCGAUGAUGAGAUCCACGCGACCAAAUAG